UGGAGCUCUGUGGCGUUGCACCUGGACAUUCCCGCCUUUCCCAGCCGCUCACGACACUCCUUGUCACUGCCUCCCAGAACCUUCGAUUUCUUCGCAUCCCCAGUCAAGCAAACUCCCGCAGCCUCCCUACCCCUCUCCAUUCGCCCCGCAGAAGCAGCCCAGCUCCUCCCCCUGUCCGGCGCACUUGCCUACAUCCGGGGCUCCCCUUUCCUGGGCCUUUUGGGGUCACCCGGCGCACCGCCCGCUGGCGGGGUCAGCUCUGCAGUCUUCAGGGCCAGCAGCAUCUGUGCGGGUGCGGCACCCCGCCCGGAGGAAGAAAAUGAAAACUCUAGCAGGAAGGAGGGAGAGUGCUCCAUCUCUCACCCUGGACAAAGCCCUGCAAAACCGGCCUAAUACCAGGGAAAGCCCUUCUGCUAGUGUGGAUUCCUGUGCUCUGUCAUCACUUGUGUGCGCCAAUAGGAAUUUGCUGACUGAUGGCCGGGUAGAACUGAAAAGAGGACUGCAGAGGAAGGAGCUACAUGUUUUCCUAUAUAAUGAUUUGUUUGUUGUGGCUAAAAUCAAAUAUAAUAACAACUUGAAGAUAAAAAAUAAAAUUCAGUUAAGUGAUAUGUGGACAGCAAGCUGUGUGGAUGAAGUAGGAGAAGGCAACACCAAUGCCAUGAAGUCCUUUGUCUUGGGCUGGCCCACUAUCAACUUUGUGGCCACUUUCAAUUGUCCAGGAGAAAAGGACAAAUGCUCUCUCCUUCAGAGAUACAUCAACCUAGAUAAAGAAAAAGACCAGCCAAAGAGCAUUCCCCUCAAAAUCUUCACCGAGGACCUUGGGAGUUGUGCCUGUGCUAAAACUCUCGCAGUAACAAAUUCACAUACAGCCAAUGAAAUUACCAAGAUGUCACUAGCAAAGCUAGGGAUAACUGGCUCUGAGAGAGAUUACCAGUUAUGGGUCAUUUCUGGCAAAGAAGCUGCCCCAUUCCCUCUCAUUGGGCAUGAAUAUCCCUAUGUAAUUAAAAUGAGCCAUCUUCGAGACUCUGCACUCCUGACAGAGAGCUUAAAGGACUGCAGCACCCCUUCCAACUUGCAAGAACCUUUCCUCAUGGAACAGCUGCCCCGGGAGAUGCAGUGCCAGUUCAUCCUGAAGCCCAGACGCCUGGCCGCAGCCCAGCAACUGAGUGAUUCAGGGCAGAAGACAUCGAAAAGGUGGAGCUCACUCCUAAGCUGGGCCUGUUGGUGGGGUUCCAGCACUCACCUGGACAAUUUGCCCAUGUCACCAACAUCUCCCAUGCCAGGACAGCUGUUUGGAGUUCCUCUGUCAGAUAUUUGUGAGGAUGAUAAUCUGCCCAAACCUGUCUUGGAUAUGCUGUUGUUUCUGAAUCAAAAUGGGCCCCUCACCAAAGGUAUCUUCAGGCUGUCUGGCAAUGUGAAAUCUUGCAGAGAGCUGAAAGAGAAACUGAAUUCCGGAGUCGAAGCACACCUAGGCUCUGAGUCUGUUUUUGUCAUAGCAUCAGUCUUCAAGGAUUUUCUACGGAAUAUUCCAGGAAGUCUUUUUUCUUCAGCUCUCUAUGCUCAUUGGGUCAGUGUGAUGGAUCAAGGAAAUGAUGAAGAGAAAAUCAAUACAAUCCAAAGGUUAUUAGAGCAGCUUCCAAGAGCCAACAUUGUUCUUCUAAAGUACCUUUUUGGGGUGUUAUACAACAUUGAGCAACAUUCCUCAUCCAAUCAGAUGACUGCAUUUAACUUAGCAGUGUGUAUUGCUCCCAGCAUUCUCUGGCCUCCUUCCUCCAGUCCAGAAGUAGAAAACGAAUUGACAAAUAAGGUUAACCAGCUGAUACAAGUUUUCAUCGAAAAUUGCUGUGGGAUAUUUGGAGAAGAAAUUACUUCCCUCUGGGGAGAGAUUUCAGUGAGAUGUGAUCACACAGAGAAUGCCUCAGAUAACACUUGUUUCCAGCUGAGUGACUCUUCCUGUGACAUCUUGGAGAAUGAGCUAAAUGAGGAUGUGGAUGCUCCAUGUAGUGACUUUGUAAAGCCGUUUGGUCAGGAGAGCAGAAUCGUGGACUCUGUCUUAAGCCUCAGUGAGUAUGACCCAGACCAGGGUGAGAUGGAAGGGCUUUUAGCCCUGAGCGACUUUGACUUAGACCAUUCUAAAGAUCAGAGUUUGGUCAUGGGGAUCAAGGGGGGCAAAAGUGGUGCCACAAACGAGAACACCGAGAAAGUUUUAACCCCUCAGUUAAACAUUUCUCCAAGUACUAGCUCUUCCAGCUUAUCCUCCUCAGGCACAUCCCCAUCUGGUUCGUUGGUGAGCUCCCAAGACAGUGCUUUUUAUCAGAUUUCUGAGCACUUGGUGUUUAUACCCAGAACUGCCUCUCCAAUAGAUUGCACUUUUGAGGCUCAAAGGAAACAGGGAGAGCUUUCUUCUAAUUUUAGCAGACCCAGCCUUUUUUCUGGAAUGUCUAGUCCCCCAUCCAGGCAGGCCAGCAGAGACCCGGCUUGUGUAAAUACGGACACGGGAGGAUGGCGUUCACAAAUGCAUGAUGGAACUCCCCACCCCAUCUCAUGGUUUAGAAGAAGUGUAGCCAAUUUGAAAAACUGGUCUCUGAAAAGGAAGGCAAAAGCAUGCAGAUUGGAGGAAAGAAACAUCAGCUCUCUAAUGGGGCCCCCAGAGCCACCUGCACAUAUUUCUCAUGUUCCAGAAGCAUGUUCACUGCAAGAGAGCCUGGAAGACCUGCCCGUAAGGGCAGCCACAGGACUUGGAUCUGUGCAAGCAGCCAAGUGGUGUGGUUCAUAUCCCUGCCAGGAGACAGAGAAACACUGUAGCCCUUCUUUGAGCCUGGUGGAAGACAGACUCACGCUUUGCAUUAAGUGUCAGGAGGAAGCAGAGGGUGGAGUUCCUUGCCCUCCUGGUAUUCUGACCUGGGAAAGGUCCUCACUUACUGUGGACAAUACAUCCAGCCCAAACUCAUUACCUACAGUGGUUUGCAGUGAUGGGAACAUACAUUUCACCGAAGACAUUCAACCGCAAAAAGGAUCUGAGGUCUACGGGAGAAGCCCAUUUGUUCAUUUUAGUUCCACCAUCGGAGGGGCUUUUUGCACACAAACUAGCUCAUUCCAAAUUACUUUUUUAUCAACUACUAGGACAUUGUCACCAAAUAUUCUUUCUCUAUCAUUUUAA